UGGCUGUGGAUCGGUGGCCAGGUGGCACAGGUGGCACAGGUGAGCGCCUCCCACCAGCAUUUCCACCCCCACUCCAUAAAGAUCCCCGGCGACAUCACCUUGGGGGGCCUGUUCCCCAUCCACUCCCGCGGCCCCCACGGUCUGCCCUGCGGAGAGCUGAAGAAGGAGAAGGGGAUCCACCGCAUGGAGGCCAUGUUGUACGCCCUGGACCAGAUCAACGGCGACCCCGAGCUGCUGCCCAACAUCACGCUGGGCGCCCGCAUCCUGGACACCUGCUCCAGAGACACCUACGCCCUGGAGCAGUCGCUCACCUUCGUCCAGGCUCUGAUCCAGAAGGACACGUCCGACAUCCGCUGCUCCAACGGGGAGCCGCCCGUCGUCCGCAAGCCGGAGCGGGUGGUGGGCGUCAUCGGAGCGUCGGCCAGCUCCGUGUCCAUCAUGGUGGCCAACAUCUUGAGACUGUUUGAGAUCCCCCAGGUGAGCUACGCGUCGACGGCUCCGGAGCUCAGCGACAACAACCGGUACGACUUCUUCUCCCGGGUGGUUCCCCCGGACUCGUACCAGGCUCAGGCCAUGCUGGACAUCGUCCGGGCCCUGGGCUGGAACUACGUGUCCACGCUGGCUUCAGAGGGCAACUACGGGGAGAGCGGCGUGGACGCCUUCAUGCAGAUCUCCAGAGAGGCCGGUGGGGUGUGUAUCGCUCAGUCGGUGAAGAUUCCUCGUGAGCCGACAGCCGGAGAGUUCGAUAAGAUCAUAAAACGCCUGAUGGAGACGAGUAACGCCAGAGGAGUGAUCAUCUUCGCCAACGAGGACGACAUCAAGCGUGUCCUCGAGGCGGCGAAGCGCGCUAACCUGACGGGUCACUUCCUGUUUGUGGGGUCGGACAGCUGGGGAGCAAAAAGCUCCCCAAUCACAGAGCUGGAGGACGUCGCCGAGGGCGCCGUGACCAUCCUGCCCAAACGGGCUUCAAUAGACGGCUUCGAUCAGUACUUCAUGUCUCGUUCUCUGGAGAACAAUCGCAGGAACAUUUGGUUCAAUGAAUUCUGGGAGGACGACUUCAGGUGUAAAUUGACUCGGCCUGGAAUCAAACUGGACCCAGACAGGAGGAAAUGUACAGGUGAGGAGAGGAUCGGUCGGGACUCGUCCUACGAGCAGGAGGGGAAGGUUCAGUUUGUGAUCGAUGCGGUUUACGCCGUGGCGUACGCGCUGCACAGCAUGCACCUGGACCUGUGUCCCAGCAGCACCGGCGUCUGCAGCAACAUGGACCCCGUGGAGGGCCGCCUGCUGCUGGACUACAUCAGAGCCGUCCACUUCAACGGAAGUGCAGGUACCAGUGUUUUGUUCAAUGAGAACGGAGACGCUCCCGGCCGUUACGACAUCUUCCAGUUCCAGAUGACCAAUCACAGCCAUCCUGGUUACCAUGUGAUCGGCCAGUGGACCAAUAACCUGAGACUCAAUUUGGAUGAGAUGCAGUGGUCUGGAGGAGAUAAAUGGGUUCCAGACUCCAUCUGUAGUUUACCCUGUAGACCAGGAGAGAGGAAGAAGAUGGUGAAAGGAGUUCCAUGCUGCUGGCACUGUGAGCUCUGUGAUGGGUAUCAGUACCAGUUGGAUGAGUUUACCUGUGAGACCUGCCCACCAAACAUGCGCCCCGCCCCCAACAGAACCACCUGUCGCCCGACUCCAAUCAUCAAACUGGAGUGGAAUUCCCCCUGGGCCCUAGUGCCUGCCUCUCUUGCCCUCCUCGGCAUUCUUGCAACGAGUGCUGUGAUGAUCACCUUCAUCCGCUUCAAUGACACCCCCAUCGUCAGGGCGUCAGGGCGGGAGCUGAGCUACGUGCUACUGACAGGUAUCUUCCUGAUCUACCUGAUCACCUUCCUGAUGAUCGCCGAGCCCGGGGCGGUGGCUUGUGCAUUCCGCCGCCUGCUGCUGGGCCUCGGCAUGGCCAUCACCUACUCCGCCAUGUUGACCAAAACCAACCGCAUCUACCGCAUCUUCGAACAGGGCAAGAGGUCGGUGAGCCCGCCCAAAUUCAUCAGCCCCACAUCCCAGCUCAUCAUCACCUUCAUCCUCAUCUCCGUCCAGGUCCUCGGCGUGUUCGUGUGGUUCGGUGUCGUCCCUCCUCACACCAUCAUCGACUACGAGGAGCUCCGCCCCCCAAACCCGGACCUGGCCCGAGGCAUCCUGAAAUGUGACAUGUCUGAUCUGUCAAUCAUCUGCUGCCUCAGCUACAGCAUUGUACUUAUGGUAACGUGUACGGUGUACGCAGUGAAGAGUCGUGGCGUUCCAGAGACAUUUAACGAGGCCAAGCCGAUCGGAUUCACCAUGUACACCACCUGCAUCAUCUGGCUGGCCUUUGUACCCAUCUUCUUUGGCACGGCCAAGUCCACGGAGAAGAUGUUCAUCCAGACCGCCACGCUGACCGUCUCCAUGUCUCUCAGUGCAUUUGUUUCUCUCGGGAUGCUCUACAUGCCGAAGGUCUACGUCAUCAUCUGUCACCCCGAGCAGAACGUGCAGAAGAGGAAGAAGAGCUUCAAGGCUGUUGCCCAAGCUGCCAGAGUGUCAACGUCUCAACGAUCUCUCUCUGAGAAACAGAACGGAGAGACGAAGAUUGAACCAGACAGAUCGCAGUAAUACGACAGUAAUACUGCAAUAAUACUGCAGUAAUACUACAAAUAACAGGUAGCUACUGAUCAAUUCCUGUUCAGAGCAUGAUGACAUCAUCUUCAUGAAGAUCACAUGGUCCCCACACACACAAACACACUGACCAGCAACACGUCAAAAUAAAACUAUCCAAUGGGCUUUUAUUGUGAAAUCCAGGAGUCUUUGUGUUUCAGACAGGAAGUCCUCAGCAGGUGUGUUCAGGUGUCGGCGCUAACGAGUUACUACCGCGGGACAUUUUAAACAUUGCAUGUGUUUGUUGUAACAAAUGUUCCGUAAACAAACUUGUUAA